CCGUUUCUUUACACCGUGGCAAUUCAUCUUCAACAUGCGUUUAGGCUUGCUACGAGCGGAAAGUUAGCGCAAACUUCAAUGAAGCAAGACAACAAUCGUUCGUUCAUCGAAGUUCAAACAAAUCGUUCAGAAGUUCAAUCAGUCCUGCAAGGUGUAAAAUUCGGCGGAAGGUCGAUUGAGAUCCACCUUGACGAACUGAAGAAAGCAACAAUAGUGCGAAAUAGUGUGCUGUUGUGGCGAGUCGUUCCGUCAACCCGCACUAUACACUUCGCCUUGGUCUGCAAUGAAUGUGGAAAAUGAUGUCGAAGAGCAGGAUUGUGAGAUGAAAGAAGUUAAAACGAACACUGAUUACGGGGUGCAACUGCUACACAAUACAAAAGGUGUUCUGACAAAAAUAGCCAACCUGUACGCCGAGCGUCUGACUUCUGAUGUCAUACUCGUUGUCGGGGAAAAGCAAUAUGCGGUUCACCGCAUUAUACUUUGCGCCAGCAGCGAUGUCUUCGACGUUAUGUUAAUGAAUGGCAGCUGGCGUGAAUUUAAUGACAAUGUCGUCAACCUGCAGGAGGAGGAAAGGUGUCAGCUAGUGUUCCCGCAGUUUCUGCGGUACAUGUACCAUGGCGAGAUUAAUGUGUCCGUUGAUACGGCCGUUUAUAUAUUAAAGCUAGCGGACAAAUACAACAUCCGCGAUAUGGCGCAGCUCUGCGUCGAUUAUAUGAAAAAACACAUAACCAAGGCGACAGUGAAGGGGUACUUUGUGGAAUGGCUACACAACUCUCUGCUCAUCUCGUCACAGCGCAAACACCUUGCCACGCUAUUAGAAAACUUCCUAAAAUGGAACCUAGAGUUCGUGCUUUCUUACUCAGGCUGGGAGCAUCUCAAUCAAGGUGUUAUGCAGUGGUUGGUGCAGCAAAAUGAUCUGGCUAUCCGGAGUGAGUAUCGGCUUUACGAAAUGGUUGAAGGCUGGUUUCUUUACCAAAAAGCGCUGAUAGAAAGCCGGACGGACCUGCACCGCGCAAAAAAGGAAGAUGCCAUUCGCAGCAUGGUUUACAGUGUGCUAAUUCACAUACGUUACCCGAUGAUGAGCUUGAUCGAGAUGGCCAAUGUUCUAAUGAACCCAUGCACGCAGUUCAUGAAAGAAUUUUUCGUGGCUCGCGUUGCCGAUGGUAUGAAUUUUCACUCGGAGCGACUCGAUAUAGUCAACGCAGUGUGCCAAACAGAGGCUGGCGAGCAUCAGUUUACGCCCCGGCUUUAUACAGCGGACUUUUGGAGUUUGCAGAUUGCUUGUAAUUUUUUCGAAAAGAUGGAAAAGUACUCAAGUGUUGCAUCGGUUUUCUUUUCGCCAAAAACCUUCAUCGAUAAUGAUGAGCAAAGCGAUGCAUGGGACGUGGAAUUUUACCCGCUUGGAGUACGUUACAAGCCGGCGCAACUAAUUGGAGUAUACAGUGCCGCUACUAAUCAAGAGAUUCCGGAAAGCAUUAUUCGUACUGUACGGUUAAGAAUUACCAAUCAGGAACCAACGAACGAGGAGCGUCGUUACAUGAUCGGUGUGUUGAUUGCUGGCAUACAAAAUGAUAUCGAAUACGUCCAUAACUGCCGCGUGCGGAUCGCGUACUUCUCUAGCGACCAACGGGUGGUAAAUAUCGACAAUUUGGUGCCGUUUGAUGAUCUACAGCUCUGCGGUGUCCAUACUCCUAGUUUGUACAUGGUCGGUGAACGGCGCGAUACGUUAAAAAUUCACGUUAUUAUUGUGCCAUUGAACCAGCAUUCGAAUGUGUUCAAUCCCACGAUGGAAUAAUUUAUGGUUUCUAUCGUUUUUGCAGCGAUUGUUUGGGCGUGUUAUACUGGUUUUCAGUUAUUUCUAUACGCAUAGAAAUUUAAUUUCAUACAUCAUUGGUACAUUACUCAUGUAGUUGACUACUAACACCGUCGUCGCAUCUAGUCUACACAACGUGCCGGCGGUACCCAGACGAAACAUCUUAAUCCCUUAAAAAGCAAAUGAAAUUUUUCAACGUUUUCAUUUUGCGCAAUUAUUUUGGUGAUUACAAAGCAUUUGUUUACAUCUUUUGUUAGUUUUGAUAACGAACCUAGCUGUCCCGAUUACGUAUGGGCCGGAUGCGGCAGUGCUAGUAGAUAACUGACUUUAAUUUUUCAUUAGUAAAUUUAGUGAUGCGGUUCUUCCGUAGAUUGUCAGUGUAAGCUGCACCGAAUUGUAUAUUUAGUGAAAUGUGUGAACAAUUUUGUACGGAUGGGCUACAACGUUACAUAGCAGAAUUGCUUGCUACUUGUUUGCCCUAUUACUAUGUUCGCCUUAGGCCUUGUCGUGAAAAUUACCUAAGGUCCUGAUUCAGAUAGGAUAUGUUAUGGUAUGUUCACAUAAUUGGGUAUAACAGAAACAUUGACGUCCAUACAUGGCGUUAACUAUUAUGUCGUUUGCGGUACCCAUGUGCAACUUUCACAAUUUGAACCUUAAUCGAGAUAGCGCAAUUGUUUUUCAAAAUUUAUUGAUUGAUGGAUUGAUCCAUUGAUUGAUGGACGUAAACCGAAAAAUCUGAUGUGAUAUAUUAGCGUUUACUCUGUAUUUUUGCAGCAACAUAUGGUUUUAGUUCAUAUAGAGAAGCAGUUUGUGGUAUAAAGAGCAAUUUCAAAUCCCGUAAGUUAACUUAAAUUCAAUUGAAUACAAAAAAAAUUAUCUUGAUACAUAUGCCGAUUCUUAUAUAAAUGAAUAAAACUACACAACUGUGUAGUAAUAUGUCCUUUUUUUAAGUGGCCCAAAACCAUAGGUAGCAGUUACAUCAUGAUUGAUUAUGCAUGGUUUAUUAGGUGUUUGAAAGCUACCCAGUUAUUAUUAGGUGAUUGAAAGCUACAGAAAAGGCAUUCAACAAAGGGUGUUGAAUAAUGCCGUUCACAAAAUAGAUCCUUAAGGAUGGUUUGAGGCCACAAACAGUAUGUAAUUCCGAAUUAGAUUAAAACAAAAGCGACAUAUGCAGUGCAAUUAGUAAGAAAUUGUGCUAAAUCAUGUACACAAAUGAACCGAUCGUUAGAUGGAAUUAGUGAUACCAAUUCACAGAACAUGGAUGGCGAGUUGCUGCCAGUUUUAAGAUCAGAGUGCUAUAUGAAAGGGCUGCUAAAUAACUCGAAUUGUAAAAUCGAAAAACCAAACUGUUAGUACCUCUUUUAAAAGGAAUUGUUUAAUCAUCAGUACGGUUGAUCCGUGACAAAAGAAGCAUCCUUUAUUGGAGAUUUUUUUCUGUUGAGUAACAGUUAAUUAACUUUGAAUCGAUGAAACCGGCAGUAUAAAGCAUCACUAAAAGCACUACCAGUCUUUUGUACAACGUACAGAAAGAAACAAUUUAAUUUGAAAUAAAUACUGAGAUAAAUUAAACGAG